AUGGCUAGUCUCAAUGUUCUUACCUUUGAUGCUGAGGGUCGUGCUGUUGACUUUGAGGUCUGGCUAGAUGAUCUGCAGCUUUUCCUACAGUGCGAUAGCAAGGAUGGCCUCUCACUGUUCGAUCUCACGUCUGGCGCCUCUACUGCCCCUGCUGCUGAUGCUGACAGUACUGUUCGCUCGCAGUGGCUCACGCGCGAUGCUGCUGCUCGUCUUGCUGUGCGCAAUCACCUGCCGUCUACUGAGUGUGCGCACUUUAGUCAGUACAAGAGUGCUAGGGCUCUGUACGACGCUGUAGUUGCACGCUACUCCUCCCCUACCACUGCUGCCCUCAGCCGCCUCAUGCUGCCGUACCUCUUUCCUGACCUUGCCGCCUUUGCCACUGUUGCUGACCUAGUUGCUCACCUCCGCACUAGUGACGCUCGCUACCGCGCUGCCCUUCCCACUGAGUUUCUUCCCACGAACUCCCCCCCCAUGUACAUCACCCUUUACUACCUAGUCACCCGCCUCCCUGACUCUCUCUCCUCAGUUAGGGAUCACUUCCUCUCCCUUUGCCCCACCGAGCUGACUGUCGACUUGCUAGAGGAGCGCCUUGCUGCAGCUGAGAAGAGUAUCUUAGCUGUAGGUGCUUCUCGCGGCGACCGUCGCACCCCCUUCUUUGAGGGGUGUUCCCCUGUCCCCCUUCUCCCCUCUGUUGCCUCUGCUGCUGCUGUCGACCUCGUUGGCACUGAGGAGGUCGGCGCUGCGUCUGCCUCUACUGGGCGACGCCGCCCCGGCAAGGGCAAGGGCAGCAGGGGUGGUGGAGGGGGCGGUGGGGGAAGCGGUGGGGGCGGUGGAGGGGGUGGUGGAGGAGGUGGAGGUGGUGGUGGGGGUGGUACCAGGAGUGGGGGAGUCGGUGGCGGCAGUGGAGGCCGUGGCAGCGGUAGCGGAGGGGGUGGAGGCGGCGGCAGCGGUGGUGGAGGUAGCGGAGGAGGUGGUGCUGGUCGGGGUGCGGCUACGCCGCGUGGAGGCCUUGGUGGCAGCCAGCGCCAGCAGCAGCAGCGCACCCGUGAGACCCCGUCGGUUCAGCAGCUUCGUGAGUGGUACGCUGGGCGUGGGAGGUCUGGGGGUGCGGGUCCCUGCUCUUACGUUCUUCGCACCGGCACUCGGAGUGGGGAGGUGUGUGGUCUCCCACACACCACGCAGCGCUGCUUCGGCCGCUUGACUGACGCUUGGCGUGCCCAGUUUCCUGACGCUGUUGAGCUUCCUCGUUGGCAUGAUCUGCUUCUGCAGAAUGUGCCUAUCUUUGAUCUAGACUUUGAUGCUAUCCUUGCUGCCAUGUAUGCUUUUGCUGAUAUUACUGAGGGUGACUGUUACCUGCGUGUCCCGCCCGACCCGGGCACUGUGGCUGCUGCUCUGGGUGCUAGUGCGGCUGCUGCUCUAGGUGCUCGUGCGUCUGCUGCUCCAGGUGCUGGUACGUCUCCUCUCUCUGGUAAUGCACCUACUGAGUCCUUUCACACCUUCACACUUGACUCUGGUGCUUCGCGCUCUUUCUUUAGAGACAGCACCACGCUCACGCCGCUCCGUCGGCCUGUUGCGGUCUCCCUUGCUGACCCCUCCGGGGGCCCAGUCCUUGCACACUCCUCCAUGGUUCUACCGUGUCCUGCGGCCCCGUCGGGCUUGCUGUCGGGACUCCACCUCCCCUCGUUCUCUACGAACUUGGUGAGUGGAGCUGACCUCCAGGACGCGUGGGUUGACCAGUUCACCCCUGGAGGUCUGGUCCUGCGUCUGCCCCCUGCUCGUGUCGUCCUCUGGCGCACGAGACUCUCCUUUGGCACCACCGCCUUGGUCACCCCUCCCUGCCUCGUCUUCGAGGUCCCGCAGCGCGCCGCUCCUCACUCCUCCUCGUUUCCUCCGACUGAGGCCCCUCUGCAGACUCUUCACAUGGACGUGUGGGGCCCAGCCCGCGUCCGUGGACAGGGUCAUGAGCGUUACUUUCUGCUGGUCGUUGACGACUACUCGCGUUACACCACAGUCUUCCCCUUGCGCAGCAAGGGUGAGGUCACUGAGGUGUUGAUCGACUGGAUCCGCGGUGCUCGUCGCCAGCUUAGUGAGAGUUUCGGCUCCGACCUUCCUGUUCUGCGUCUGCACUCAGACAGAGGCGGGGAGUUUUCCUCCGACCUCCUGAGAGCCUUCUGUCGGUUGGAGGGCAUCCGCCAGACGUUCACGCUUCCGGCCUCCCCGCAGCAAAAUGGGAUUGCUGAGCGCCGAAUUGGCAUGGUCAUGGAUGUCGCUCGUACGUCCAUGAUCCAUGCGGCUGCUCCCCAUUUUCUGUGGCCGUUCGCGGUUCAGUGCGCUGCGCAUCAGAUCAACCUUCAGCCUCGUGUCUCCUUGCCGGAGACCACACCUACUCUGCGGUGGACGGGGAAGGUUGGCGAUGCGUCCGCGUUCCGUGUCUGGGGAUCUCAAGCUUUUGUCCGCGAUACUACAGCGGACAAGCUGUCCUCCUGUGCCGUUCCCUGUGUCUUCCUUGGCUUCCCUCCUGACGCACCCGGGUGGCAGUUCUACCACCCCACCUCGCGUCGUGUUCUGUCCUCUCAGGACGUCACGUUUGACGAGUCGGUGUCGUACUACCGUCUCUUUCCCUACCGCACUGCCUCUCCCCCCCCCCCGCCACUCUUCCUGGCACCAGGUACUCCCCUGGUAGACCCCCUCCCCCCCCAGGGUCCUGCCCCCUCAGGUGUGUCCCAGGUAGACCCUGCCGAGCCGGUCGAGUUAGCUGUCGCCUCAGGUGCUGCUAGGGGUGCUGAGACUGGGGGUGCUGAGUCUGGGGGUGCUGAGACUGGGGGUGCUGAGACUGGGGGUACUACACCUGCGCGUGCUGCGUCUGGAGGUGUUCUCGGUGUCCCGUCGCGGCGGGAGCCUCUCUCUCCACUGCGCCUUCGUGAGUGGUACUCUCGGCGCGGUCGGGUUGCUGCUGGUGCUGGGGCUGCUGGAGGUGCUGGAGGUGCUACUGGUGCUGCUGGAGGUGCUGGCGCUGCUGGAGGUGGUGCUGGAGCUGGAGCUGCUGGAGGUGCUCCGGGUGCUGGUGCUGCUGGAGGUGCUGCUGGUGCUGGAGCUGCUGGAGGUACUACUGGUGCUGGUGCUGCUGGAGGUACUGGAGGUACUACUGGAGCUACUGGAGGUGCUGGCGCUGCUGGAGGUGGUGCUGGAGCUGGAGCUGCUGGAGGUACUCCAGGUGCUGGUGCUGCUGGAGGUGCUGCUGGAGCUGCUGGAGGUACUGCUGGGACUGGAGGCCAUGGGGCUGAGGGUACCGGUUCUGUCUCUGCUGUCUUUGGAGGCGCUGCGCGGCCGCGGCCGUACUACGUUCCGCUCCUUCAGCAGCGUGUCCCUCUGCCCUCUCCUCCUACGUCCUCUCUUCCUGACGGUCCGGACCCGGAGUCUGACUCCCUUCGUGCUGCUAGUCCUACUGUCACCCGCUUUCUGGCCACUGCUGUCACUGACCCUCUGUUUGAGUCCUCUGCUGCGUCUCCUCUUGUUGCUGAGCUUGUUGACUUUGCUGCGGCCUGUCGCCUAGACUACGCUGCUAGUCUUGUUACUGAGUCUACGUCUGCGUCUGUCUGUCCUCCGUCCGUCGGGGGUGAGUGUGCUCUUGGCACGGACGUCCUUGAGGACAGACAGGAGGACCUUGAGUGUUUUGCUGCUGCUUCACCUCAUCUCGUGUCCAUGCUGCUUGCCCCUGAGGGAGACCCGGAUGCACUAGACAUCCCGACCCCACGCUCUUACGCAGAGGCGAUAGAGGGUCCCUACUCCUCUCAGUGGCAGGCAGCCAUGGACGCAGAGAUGGCUUCCUGGAAGUCCACAGGCACCUACGUAGACGAGGUUCCCCCACCUGGGGCGAACAUCGUUAGUGGCAUGUGGAUCUUCAGGGUGAAGCGGCCGCCGGGUUCUCCGCCUGCCUUCAAGGCGCGUUACGUUGCACGUGGCUUCAGUCAGCGACAGGGAGUUGACUUCUUUCAGACCUUCUCCCCUACCCCGAAGAUGACCACUCUUCGGGUACUGCUGCACGUUGCUGCUCAGCGUGACUACGAGCUCCACUCGCUUGACUUCAGCACAGCCUUCCUACAGGGCAGCCUGCACGAGGAGAUCUGGCUGCGCCGCCCACCUGGCUUCACUGGGUCGUUUCCUACUGGUACCCAGUGGAGCCUCCGGCGGCCAGUCUACGGUCUCCGCCAGGCGCCCCGUGAGUGGCACGACACGCUCAGGACGACUCUUGCUGCUCUUGGUUUUGCUCCGUCCACUGCUGACCCUUCUCUGUUUCUACGCACUGACGCUACUCUGCCGCCGUUCUACGUUCUUGUGUACGUAGACGACCUUGUCUUUGCUACUGCUGACACGGAGGCACUCGCCCACGUGAAGUCCGAGCUGCAGAAGAGACACACGUGCACAGAACUGGGUGAGCUGACAAGCUAUCUUGGCUUGCGGAUCACCCGGGACAGGGCACAUCGCACCAUUACCUUGACUCAGUCACACAUGGUGCAGCAGGUCCUUCAGCGCUUCGGCUUCACCUACUCCUCGCCACAGUCCACUCCUCUGCCUACCGGUCACUCGCUCUCAGCUCCACCUUCGGACGAGUCCAUAGAGCCGAGUGGCCCGUAUUUAGAGCUUGUGGGCUGCCUCAUGUACCUGAUGACUUGCACACGACCUGACCUUGCAUACCCUCUCAGCCUUCUGGCUCGCUACGUGGCUCCCGGCAGGCACCGAAAGGUGCACUGGGAUGCUGCGAAGAGGGUGUUGCGAUACUUGUGCAGUACAUUGGGCAUGGGGCUCGUGCUUGGAGGACGGGCUCGAGUUGUCCUCACUGGUCACGCUGACGCCUCCUGGGUUGACGACUUGGCUACGCAGCGGUCGUCACAGGGUUACACCUUCAGCCUUGGCUCCGGUUCUGUCUCCUGGCGGUCUACCCGCUCUUCUUCUGUUCUCAGCUCCAGUUGCGAGGCUGAGAUCUACGCUGGGGCCAUGGCUGCACAGGAGCUUCGCUGGCUCACCUACCUGCUGACCGACUCGGGAGAGGCGCCUCGUUCUCCUCCAGUUCUGUACGUCGACAACAAGGCCAUGCUGGCCUUGUGUCAGGAGCACAGACUGGAGCACAGAACGAAGCACAUUGCUCUGCGCUACUUCCUUGCUCGAGAAUUGCAGCAGCGUGGCCAGCUUCGUCUUGCUUACGUGGCCUCUCAGGCCAACACUGCUGAUGUUUUCACCAAGGCACUUCAGCCUUGUGAUCAUCAGCGUUUCUGUACUGUGUUAGGCCUUGUACCUACUGUGCCUCACUUGUUGACUUCUUGA